AUGAGAUAUCAUAUCGUCAAACUUUGCAUCUCUGUCAUUAUAACUAUCUCUAUUACUUAUUAUUACAUUUACAUACAAUUACAAUACAAUACAUACUUAUAUAAUAACAAUAAUAUGGAUGCCAACAGUGUAGUAUUACAGCCUUCUCAAAAGCAUACUGCAACAGUGAUAUUCCUACAUGGAUUGAUGGACACUGGUAAUGGUUGGAAGACAGCAAUGCAAUCAGUUCAAAUGGGUGGAUUACAACAUGUCAAGUUCAUUCUACCAACUGCACCAGUGAUACCAGUAUCAAUCAAUCUUGGAAUGAAAGGAACUGCUUGGUUCGAUAUUAAAUCGUUGGAUUUGAAUGGAGUGGACGACCAGGUCAAUCUUGAGAAGAAUAGAAAGGAUCUCGAGGUGUUGAUUGAGAAGGAGAAGAGUGCUGGAAUCCCAUCAGAGCGCAUUGUACUUGGUGGAUUCUCUCAAGGUGGUGCACUGUCACUCUACACAGUCUACCAAUCACCAAACAAGCUUGGUGGAUGUGUUGCAAUGAGUGCAUUCCUCCCAUCACAAUCAGUUCUUGGUAGAAUCAGUGCUCAUAACAAGGAAGUACCAUUGGCAAUGUUCCAUGGAACUGCCGAUCCAGUUGUCAACUUUAAGUUUGGCGAGGUAUCAUUCAAUGCCCUCACUAAUGUAUGUGGAGUCAAGGGCAAGUUCACACCAAUCCAGGGAAUGGGACACAGCGGCAAUGAGGCCGAGUUGAGGGAUGUUCUUAUGUUCCUCAAGACACAAUUGCCACAGAUC